UUCAUUUGCCGAAAUCUCAUGUUUCAGUUCAUAAAAACGUUUUAAAGCCACGGUUCCAUACCAAUAAAUACUACUACUACGUUUAUAACUUUCAUUAAAAAGGUCAUGACAAACUGCAAUUGCUAUUAAUUCUCUGCAGAAAUGUGGCGUGAGUUACAGCAAAAUGCUAGGAGUAUAAGUAAUCUUCUGCAUCGCCUCGAUAAUCCUUACUUCACCGAGAGAAAAGAAGCAGACGGCAGCAAUGCAAGCUCGACGUGCUCCGGCAACACUCCUCCUCCGCCGCCUCCUUUCCCUGUGCGCCAUGGCGGCGGUGCUACUGCUCUCGCCGUCGCCGGCGGCCGUGGCGUCAGCCGAGCCAACGACAGCAGACGACAUUAUCCCCGCCCUCUCCGGCGACGACAGAUGUUGGUGGCCCGCCGAUGCACCGACGGCGGCGGCGGCACCCGCCGGAGGGGGAACGGGAUACGACGACGCCAUCGCUGCCGUUGCUGACGAUGCAGUCGUCGUCGUCGCUGCGCCGGCGGCGGCGACGGCGCACAGGUUCAGGCCACGCUACGACUCCGCGGUCAGCCCGGGCGCGAAGCGGGAGCUCGAGCACGAGGCUCGCUGCGGGCCGCGCGUCCCCGUGCGGCGGGGCUUCCCGUGGCCGGAGUGGAAGCCCAACUGCCGCCGCGAACAUGGCGUCGCCGGUGCCGGCGGCUUGGGGCGGCGUCCCUGGGACGAGCCGUAGCGAACAGUAGAGACGAUCAUCCAACUCGCGCCAUCGCCAUGCAGCAGCGUUGUGCCAAGAAACGGCCAUCGGAGCAAUAAAAAUUAGAGAGAAGGGCCAAAUUACAAAACUUCAGGCAAACCAAAAAGUAUCAGUAAUUUUCAGAAAUUUAUAUGACCACGUCGUUAGUUUUCUCUGUUAUCACACUGGCAACAUACUGCAUGAUAAACGAUAAUUAGUUAUGAAAAGAAAAA